GUCUGCGUACCAAAUCGCAAUCCAAACCGGGAGUUGUGAACUGAGUGAAGGUCUAUACUUCAAAACGACCACCAGAGACCACCAGAGACCCUUCCUCAAUUCAGUAUGCUUGCACGGAGGUAGUCUCAUACGCAUUAGAUUCCCUGGAAAUGGGUGGGCACUUCUCAGAAUUUAGAUGAAUAUUUAUAUAUUUUUAUGUAUAGAACGAGUGUGCUUUUGUCACUUCAUGUGCAUGAUGUUCGGAGGAGAAAUCCCCUGUGCACCCAGCGCUGCAAUAAACCAAUGUCAGCUUUCUAAACUGUCUUUUGGUUUGGAGAGUUUUAUCGCUUAUGAUUUUUGGUAACACCCCCACUGACCACCACUCCAGGCUGCACAAGGGGAACUCUAGGCAGAAAUAUUUUUUUCCACAACACCUUCCAAAUCCUACACGCAAGCCUGCAGUGCCAAUAGGCUCAGAGGCAUUAUUGAGGGAGCCUAGUUAACGUUUCAAAGCUGCCUGUGCAGAUGGAAGGGGGAAGCCCUUCCCUGUGUCCCUGCUCCUUCACACCAGCACCCUCAUCUCAAUCUGCGGAGCAGGUUUUGGAGGAACGGCACAUCCACGGCCUGGACAAGAAGCUGCUGAACCUGGAGACCGUGGCGGAGAGGAACCUUCUGCUGGAGGAGAAGGUGAAGAUUCUGCAGCAGGAGAACGAGGACUUGCAAGUUCGCAGCCAGAACCACUUGGUGGUGGCGAGGCAGCUGUCGGAGGAGCUCCUGGCCGCCCGCGGGGACCUGGAGAAGGAGGCGCAGCUGCGGGAGCAGGCUCGCCGCGAGAAGGAGGAGCUGCUGUACCGCCUGCUCAACGGGGGGGACGGCUCCCCCUUCCCCACCGCUGCCGGCGAGGUGCCCCCCAUCGCCACGUAGCACCCCGCCGACCGGCACCGAGCGCUGCCGGGGGGGCUGGCGGGGCUUUCCUCCGGGAGCGUGAGCCCGGGGCUGCUCUCACAAGGGCCCCCCGCUGCCGGGGCAGGACCCCGGGGCUGACCGAGCCCUCGGGGUGGCCCCGUCCCAUCGGGGCGAUGGAGCAUUUCGCUGGACGCUCGCGCCUGCCUUUGCCCAGCCCUCGCGGGGCUGCACGGAGACCCCGGCCACCCUCCCCCUACUCCCCGUGCCAGCCCUGCACCCCUUCCCCUGCGGGGGGGGCUUUCUGGGGGUGAAAGGGGUCAGCCAGGACACACAGAUGUGCAUUGGGCUGGAUCCGCCCCAGCGCUUGGCUCUGAGCAUAACCAGCAGCAGUGCUGCCCGGGGGGGUCAGGCGAGGAAGAUGAGGCGCUCACCGGGCUGGGGACGAGCAUCGGGAGGAUGAGGAGGGUGCCGGGGACAUAGUGCUGUUAAGACACCUCAUUCCCCGGGGGAGCAUCCCUGGGAAGCGGGCGGCCAAGCCCAGGGCUGAGCCACAGAGACUUUGACGGGGUGGCAGCGACGGGCAGGAGGGACGGCUGCAGCGGGGUGUACCUGCCACCUCCGGCGCUGCCCUUGCUGUAGUCCAUGUCCGCCUGUGCCAUUUUGGGCCUUGGCCUCCUGCUCAGGCUGCCCCAAGGCGAUGACACCCACUCCUGCCAUUUCCAGGGUAAGCAGGCCUUCCCCUGCCCGGGAGCUGCCUCACUCCCUGGGGAGGGGGGGUCAGGCAGGGCUCCCACCCGUGCCCUCCUCUCCCCAUCUUCAGCAAGCGGCUCCCGGGGAUCGUUCCGGCAGCCCAGGCGUGCCCCCCCCCCCGCUGCCACCCAGAUGCCAAGCACUCCUUGUAGCCGCUGCCCAUCAGCAGCACCACCAGCCCCCUCUUCUCCCCCACAGCCGGGCAGAGGCUG